GAAUUUGCUUCUUAACAAUAAAUUCUUAUUUUAUUAUGGAUGGUGGAUACCUCUGGGUAUGGUUGGUGUGAUCGUUAUUUAUCCGACAGAGGGGACUGCUCAGGGGCUUUCCAUUGUGAACCCUGACGGAAGUUUGUCAACGAUUGUACCUGCUGCGGAUGUCCCAACUGGAGGUGCUGUUGCUGGUGCAGCUGGACAGAACUACAUGCCUCUUGCAUUCUUCCCUAUGCAGCCUGGUGCCUAUUCCCAGUACCCGGCUUACCCUCCACUGGUAGGGCCUGGGACAAGUCCACCGAUACCAUUCCCGUUUCUCCUGUGCCCUGUGCUAUCUCCUCAAGGAGCAGCCUAUGUUACAGUGCCAUACACUGUGGCGCCCAGUGAUGGGCCAGCAAGCCCAGUUGUGACUGGCCCAUCUCCCAUAUCGCCAGCCGCGAGAAACAACCCAGAUAUGGAAGCUUUGUUGCAGACGUUGCGUCGUGGCCACUCCCAGCCUCAAACUCCAUCUCAUCCUGAAUCCCCUUCCCAGUCCCAGAUGGCGAGGCGCAAGGUGGGCAGUCCAGCUGCUCGAUCCCAACGUGGGGAGUUGACUCCACGAGGGAACAUGAGCGGAAACAAUUCUCGAGGCACUCCUCAGGCAAGCCCGUGGCCGAGCACCUCUACUGAACGGGUUCAUGUGUCUGAUAGCUCCCCAACAACUACAGCUUCAGAAGGGGCAUGGACAGGUGAUCGGUCAGAUGGUGAAGAGAUUUCUAGAGCCCCCAUUGUUCAUCUGCCCCAGAAGGCAAAAGGAUCAGCAAGUGCAGUCACUCCCAGGGAACACCAGAUUCGCCAUGACACAGGGGAUGGGAGGAGUGGCCAUGAGGUGUGCUUACAUACUGCCGAACGGUCCCGACCACAGAGUGUGUUGCCAGCUGGGCAGGAGUCAUCACCUGAUUCAGUUGCAGGUGUGGUGCCAGUAGAGCCUGGUAGGCUAACAACUCUUUCGGAUUCAGAAUCAGCUAUUUCCACUGCUGAAUCCUUGAAAGAAACUUCGGCAGAGGAGGCAUCCACAGCAACAAACAGAGACGACGAUCAGCAACCCACCCAAACAAGACCUGCAGCAAGUCCGGACAAGGAAGUUGUGUCAAAGAUUGUAAAUGUGUUGAGGAUCAAAGCGAACAAAGCAUCUUGUUCAGGUGUCAGAUCUACUUCAGGGACAGCUGGUGAGCUUGCUUCUCAGGGUAAGAUCCAAGGCGUACCACCCUGUGUAUCCCAGUGAGUCCAGUCCCUUCUGCUUCCACAUCCUUGGAAUUUUCUCUGCAAACCCUGCGCAGGCUUUGCUCUUCCAGUAAAAGUAGUCGUAUGAUCACCUUACAUUGUGCUCAUUCUCCUCCGUUCCCUGACAAUAAAUGCUCAUAGCCUGA